AUGGUCGUUUUUCGCCCCUUCAAGGAUGAGGUGCUUCUCGCUCGGAUACGGAGUUCGACACCUCAAGGCAUUCACCAACUUCCAGAGGGUUGCGAAUACAACCACUCCGAGCAACUCUGGAUUUGGAAUGUGGAAGACGACAGGCUAUACUUUGACAACCACGAAAUGGUAAGGGUCCAGGUCGUUGAUGAGGAAUGGCACGAUCAAGCGCCGCUGGGCCCUCUCCAAAAUCCCGAAGACAACCCGCCGAAACCGCCAUACAAGAUCACGGGAAGCAUGCGCAAAGAGGGACUAGGCGCCUGCAUCUGGUGGGACGGGAACUGA